GUUGCCACAACCAUCUGUUGCCCCCUGAACGUUUCGGGCUCAACACUUUAAAACCGUCACCGACACUUUCCUGAGAAAUGGCGUCUGCUCCCCCCAACCACAGAGAACACAGCGGGACGUACACCUUCUCCAGCCGCCCCCGAGCCGUGGAGACCCGCAGCAAAUACAAAGAAGCUCCGGAUGAACAGACACACAGUAACUAUGGAAACAUUAUGUAUGACCGUCGUAUUAUCCGAGGAAAUACUUAUGCUCAACACAUCAUACCAACCACAGCUCAGCCGGACCCUGCUGAAAUACAAAGACAGCAGGAGAUCAGGCGGAAAUCUAUCGCUCUAAAACGAGCUCAAGAGCAGUGCAGGGCCAAGACUCCUGAAGCUGUGCAGGGCAGAAAACACAUUGACGUACAAACAGAUCUUUAUCUUGAAGAACUGAGUAAUGUUAUAGUGGCCACAGAAAUUGAGUGUCAGACUGAUGCUUUCCUGGACAGACCAGCGUCCCCACUCUUCAUACCUACCAAAUCUGGAGAAGAUGUUGCAACACAGAUAGAGGAGGGAGAGUUGUUUGACUUUGACAGGGAGGUGCAGCCCGUGGUGGAGGUGCUGGUGGGUAAGACUAUCGAGCAGUCUCUGCUGGAGGUGAUGGAGGAGGAGGAGCUGGCCUGUCUGAAGGCCCAGCAGAGGGCCUUCCAUGAGCUGCGAAAUAUCCAUCUGGCAGAAGUGCAGCACCUUCAGGAGAAGGAGAGACGCCACAGUGAGGAAAAAGAGCGUAGGAUUGCACAGCAGAAGGAGGUGCUGAGGAAAGAAAGAGAGACUGCAGAGAAGAUUGCUGCCCGGGCGUAUACCAAGCAGUACCUGGCUGACCUUCUGCCUGCAGCCUUCACCUCGCUCAGAACUCACGGAUUCUUUAACGACCCAGUGGAGACAGAUAUUGAAACAAAUUUCCUACCAUGGCUGAUGGAUGAGGUGAACAGCAAUUUGGAAAGGAGAUACGCAGCUAGACAGCUUCUGGACAAUAUCAUCCAUGAUGUGGCCCAGAAGAGACUGGAGCAGUUCAAGGAGCUGGAGACAUAACCAGACAAAUCUGACGUAUAACAUGGAGAGACUCUGUGAUGAUUUAAUGGCACGAAUAUUUUUUUGUCCCUCAAAAAACUUUUUGAGGACAUCAUUAUUACUUUGCCCUGUAACAAUGUGCAACAUGUCACAAGUGGAGACUUUCACUGCAUUACCAUCUGUAAAUUCCGGUAUUUCCAUGUGUAUAUGUAUGUAGCCUAUCGUGCAUAUCUAUAUCUGAUUCAAUAUCUGGUCUUUUUCUGCAGAUAUGCAAAUCUGAUAGUUUUUUGAAUGUAUUGUUAGUUUCCAUUUAUCUGCUAAAUUAGUAGAAAAUGUCUUUCAUUCACUUGUCUUUAGUCUAGCAGCUUUGGGUCUCGCGGUAGAUACAAUUUCAAGGUGUGUUAGCCUGUAGUGUUUAGCGUAGCGGCCAUCUUGUUUGAUCUCAAAAUGGAGGCAGCGAGCAACUUUUGAGUCUCUUUAAGAAGCGUGGUGGCCUUAGUCUUGGUGGAGACAGACUUAAAACCAUAGUCUACAUAGAAAUGUCUUUCAACAAACCGCUUGGCCUCGUGAUUCUGCUGAGAAGGUGCUAGCGUUUCGUCAUUUUCACUGUGGCAAAAGACAGAUUUGCCCAAUGUGUCGAUAUAUACAGCCCGUCCAGAACCGGGGGCGUGUCCCAUGGCUGGAUAUGAGAAUGGAACUGUUCCCUUACUUGGAAACUGUUCUGGCAAGAAGAGAAGAGGCCUGGGUGGCUGUUCUCGAAGAUAUUUGUUCUGAAGGCCUGCACUGAUGUAGCCCUGUGGUGUCCCCCAAGACAAACUUCACCCACAAUGACCCAUCCUUGUGCUAGCCUCUGUGCAAAAGGGGCAUUGACAGGUCCAUUAAACUGCUCCUGUACCUUGUGUGCUUGGAUGAUGUCGGGUCCGAGUAAUAGCAGGAUGUCAGCAUCUGAGUCGAGAGGUGGGAUGUUGCUUGCUAGGUGUUUGAAGUGUGUGUGGGCACGGGCAACAUCUGGAGUAGGGAUUUCGGACCGGUUAUCUGGUAGGGUGUUGCAGUCUAUCCGAGUAGGUUGGACUGACCAUCGAGUGAUUCUACGAUGAAGUUAUUUGCUCUGCGGCCUGUAGUUUUAGACACCCCUGUGCAUGUCGUGAGGGUGUAUAGAGCUGCAUUGUCUGUUGAGACACUGAAGGCAUCAAAAAAGGCAGACAUACCUAGCACUUUGGUCGUCCAUGAUUGCAUAAGCCUUGAUUUUCUUAUUCUGCUGUCCUUUUGGAUAAAUGUGGACCAAGCAUAUCUUUGAACAGGAACAACCCCCAACAGGAUUUCCACACGCCUGACUAAAUGUGGAAGAAACCUCUGCUAUACCAAUGUCCAUGUUUCCCUCCCCGCCAUGGCUUGAGGUGGUGUUGACCUUCUUUGUUGACCAUGGUGCUGGGCCUGCAGGAAGUGCAGCAAUGUGUCUUUCGCUGCCACAUUCAGAACACCUGAUUGCUGCCUUGCAGUUUCUAGCCUGGUGGCUGGAUGUAUCACAGCAUCUGAAGCAGAUGUGUUGUUCUUUUAAGGAUGAUCUGCGUUCAUCUAAAGGUUUUUCCCUAAAGGCUCUACACUUUGUAAGAAGAUGGGGAGUCUUAUGGAUUGGGCAUUGCUUGCUAGGGGCUUGAGGGGAGGUGUCUGAGUUUUCCUUAUAAACAUUUACCAUCACUGACACAGUAUGUCAUUACAAUAGACAAUGCUAUAAUUUAAUGCUUUAAUUUAGUGAUUAUGACCCGCUUUUGCACAAAUUACUCAAACAUAAAAAAAUAAAAGCCGAUUAUUUACACA